GGAGGCGCCCGGACGCCGCGGCGAGAGCCAAUCAGAGGGCGUGACGUCAGUUUGGCGGGGAGUUUGGUGGCCGGGGCUUACAGUGGCGGGAGUUGGAGGCAAUAACUAGUCGUGUUCAGAGGGGCGCAAGCUACGAUUUCUGCAGAACCUAGGGGCAUUUCCACGGCUUUUCGUGCAGUUGAACCUUUUCCUCUGGCCCAGAUGCUUUUCAAUUCGGUGCUCCGCCAGCCCCAGUUCGGCGUCCCGAGAAAUGGAUGGUCUUCACAGUACCCUCUACAGUCCCUUCUAACUGGUUAUCAGUGCAACUGUAAUGAUGAGCACACUUCUUAUGGAGAAACAGGAGUCCCAGUUCCUCCUUUUGGAUGUACCUUCUCUUCUGCUCCCAAUAUGGAGCAUAUACUAGCAGUUGCCAAUGAAGAAGGCUUCGUUAGGUUAUAUAACACAGAAUCACAAGCCAAUCGAAAGAAGUGUGUCAAAGAAUGGAUGGCUCACUGGAAUGCUGUCUUUGAUCUGGCCUGGGUUCCUGGUGAACUUAAGCUUGUUACAGCAGCAGGUGAUCAAACAGCCAAAUUUUGGGAUGUAAAAGCUGGUGAGCUGAUUGGAACAUGCAAAGGUCAUCAGUGCAGCCUCAAAUCAGUUGCCUUUUCUAAGUUUGAGAAAGCCGUCUUCUGUACAGGUGGAAGAGAUGGCAACAUUAUGGUCUGGGACACCAGGUGCAACAAAAAAGAUGGAUUUUAUAGGCAAGUGAAUCAAAUCAGUGGAGCUCACAAUACCUUAGACAAGCAAACCCCUUCAAAACCUAAGAAGAAACAGAAUUCAAAAGGACUUGCUCCUUCUGUGGAUUUCCAGCAGAGUGUUACUGUGGUCCUCUUUCAAGAUGAGAAUACAUUAAUCUCGGCGGGAGCUGUGGAUGGGGUAAUCAAAAUAUGGGAUUUACGGAAGAAUUAUACUGCUUAUCGACAGGAACCCAUAGCAUCCAAGUCUUUUCUGUACCCAGGUAGCAGCACUCGAAAACUAGGAUACUCAAGUCUGAUUUUGGAUUCCACGGGCUCUACUUUAUUUGCUAACUGCACAGAUGACAACAUCUACAUGUUCAAUAUGACUGGAUUAAAGACUUCUCCAGUGGCUAUCUUCAAUGGACAUCAAAACUCUACCUUCUAUGUUAAAUCCAGUCUUAGUCCAGAUGACCAGUUUUUAGUCAGUGGCUCAAGUGAUGAAGCUGCCUACAUCUGGAAGGUCUCCACACCCUGGCAUCCUCCUACGGUACUCCAGGGUCACUCUCAAGAGGUCACAUCUGUGUGCUGGUGUCCAUCAGACUUCACAAAGAUUGCUACCUGCUCUGAUGACAAUACACUGAAAAUCUGGCGUUUGAAUAGAGGCUUAGAGGAGAAAUCAGGAGGAGAUAAGCUCUCCAUAGUGGGUUGGGCAUCUCAGAAGAAAAAAGAGGCGAGAGCUGACCUAGUAACAGUGACAAGUAGCCAGAGCACUCCUGCCAAAGCCCCCAGAGUAAAGAGCAGUCCAUCUAUUUCUUCCCCAUCGUCAGCAGCUUGUGCUCCAAGCUGUGCAGGAGACCUCCCUCUUCCUUCAAAUACUCCCACCUUCUCUAUUAAAACCCCUCCUGCCAAAGCCCGGUCUCCCAUCAGCAGAAGAGGCUCUGUGUCCUCGGUCUCUCCCAAGCCACCCUCGUCUUUCAAGAUGUCCAUUAGAAACUGGAUGACCCGAACACCAUCCUCCUCACCACCCAUCACGCCACCUGCUUCUGAAACCAAGAUCACUUCUCCAAGAAAAGCCCUCAUUCCUGUGAGCCUGAAAUCAUCCCAAGCAGUGGCUUGCUCUGAGUCCAGAAAUCGAGUCAAGAGGAGGCUGGACUCAAGUUGUCUGGAGAGUGUGAAACAGAAGUGUGUGAAGAGUUGCAACUGUGUGACUGAGCUUGAUGACCCAGUUGAAAAGCUUCAUUUGGAUCUGUGCUGCCUUGCUGGUAGCCAGGAAGACCUUGGUAAGGACUCUCUAGGUCCUCCCAAACCAAGCAAGAUUGAAGGAGCUAGUAUGAGUAUCUCAGAGCCUCCUUCUCCCGCCAGUCCUUAUGCUUCAGAAAGCUGCGGAACACUACCUCUUCCUUUGGGAUCUUGUGGAGAAGGGUCUGAGGUGGUAGGCAAAGAGAAUAGCUCCCCGGAGAAUAAAAACUGGUUAUUGGCCAUGGCGGCCAAACGGAAGGCUGAGAAUUCAUCUCCCCGAAGUCCAUCCUCCCAGACCCCCAAUUCUAGGAGACAGAGUGGAAAGACUUCUCCAGGCCCGGUCACUAUUACUCCCAGCUCCAUGAGGAAAAUCUGUACAUACUUCCAUAGAAAAUCUCAAGAUGACUACUGUAGUCCCGAACAGUCAACAGAAUUAUAGAUUCUAAUCUGAAGAAAAAUCGUUUCAACUCUGAAGCUUACCUACUCUGGUUCUAAACUUAUAUGCAGCUUCCUUGGGGUGAAUGCUGUGUUUAAAUUCCACAAAGUAAGUUUGUCACUCUGUAACAUUUUGAAUGAGUAGUCUUCACUUUUUAAAUUAUGCCUCUUCUCUACAAUAAUGACAUCCCAGCUCAUAGAGGCAAAAAGUAAGACUUGUCUCUUGUUACUCUGAGACUGUGGGUGCACGGUGGAAAAUAUCUGCUGGUCACAGCAGGAGGCCUGUCUGUGAAGGCCAAGUGCUGAAGAAGUCUUCUGCUGGGGACCCCUGGAUCUGUGCUGCCUCAAACAAAUAUAAUUUCAUUUAAAAUUUAUAUAAUCUUUUCACUACACUUUUGGUUUUUUGUUUUGUUUUGUUUUUAGUAUGUGUAAAAAUGUGAUGUUCAGAUAAGUACAUUUAUAUUGAUUCAGUGUUAAAAUACAGUCUUCUUAAGUUAAAAUCAUCUUUAUUUUCAGAGCAGUGAUAAAUGUCGACGCUUUGGAGAAACUAGGAGAACAACACUAGAAACCUUUACUUGGCCUUUUUCCCCCAAAUAUAUCUCCCAUAUGAGACUAUGACCCUUAUAUUUUUUACUAAGCAAUUUACUAUGUAGCAACCCAACAUCAUGUUCUAUAAGAGGUUAUGGUUUUGCCACUUACUAGACAAAGAUACUUAUAAAAUCAAUAGUCCUGCAUGGAAGCUGGGGUGUGAAAUCAUCUUCAGUUCUCUAGGGGCUGCAAGUUUUUCAAAAUAUAAGUCAUCAGAUUUUAAGAAAAAGUAAUCAUCUCUGAUUGAUACUUUUAUAAAAGAAGAUAGGUCUGAACUGAAAACCCAGAACCUAAAAAACAACUCUUGGCUUUUUAACUUGAUUUUUUGGAUUUUCUUCAUGUAUAUAUAUGAAAAAAACAAAAAACAGUGACCCUCUAGAAUAGCCCUGAGCUGAAAAGUCAUGGAAAUUUCUCUAGAUAUUUAAUGUAGAAGAUGUUUAGAUUGACUCUAAGUUAAUAGUGUACAGAAUAUCUUGAGCAUCUUCUCCUUUAACCAACAGUUAACAUGUCGAUCAUCUUGAACUGAACUGUUGUUUUAUAUUUGUCCCCUUUAUAAGCUCAUAGAAACAAGUUCCAUGUACUUUCUAUGUGCUACAUCCUUAGAAGGGACUCCCCUAACAAUCAUGAAACUUGAUUCAUUUUAUCCAUAACCCUGAGAAAUGUGUAGAGUUUAUUCAUAUUUUUGUCAUAAUUUAAAAAUCUGUUCUUAAUGACAACUUUUUAAUUCCUUUGCUUCCUAUAAGUCAAGCUUGUAACAACCUGCACUACAUAUGUUGAUUACGCGUGGUUUUCUCCAAGGAGAAAAAUAAGUAAAGGGAAGCCACAGAAUUGCUGUUUUUGAAACAAAGCACUCCAUAGCAUUAACUGAGUAUUUAGGAAUUCUACUUAUAAUUGGUGUUUGAUUUUUGAAUGUUAGGCUAUGGGAAGGUGUUGCUUAUGACCAUAUCUACUAAUAAUGAUAUCUGUCUCUUGCUUUGAACGCCAAGUGGGGGGGGGGGGAAGGAUAACUAGAUAAUUACAUUCUUUGUAUCCUUGAACAUCUAACAGCUCUGCUGAGUGAAAUUGGGGUAAAUGUGGCUGGCAGGAACUGUGCUGAGAGUCUACUGGCUGUAACACGUCCCACUUGGAAAACUAGUACUUCAAAUGGGUGCCAAAGGUCAAAUGUAAUGAGAUAAUAAUUAUCCCUGCCUCUGUCAGUGUCAGACUUUGAGCUGAUCCUGAAUAAUAAAGCUUUUUACCUUAUCUGAUAUCCUUUUCUGAACUUUUUGCAUUAACCUAGAAGCAGUCUACACAAAAGAACUAUAGUAGUAAUCAAGAAUCCCUUCUACUUGUUCAUUGAAUAAAAUUUGUUUAUUCCCAAGGAUAUGAUCUAGUUCAAGCUGAAAGAAGUUUUAAUAAAUAUUGUCUUGCUUGGUCAGACCUUGAGCGCUUAAGAUGGCUUGAAUUACUUGAUGAAGUAGGGUGGAGUGAUGUAGUUCUUUUUCUGAACAAGUAU